GUCUGGCGCGGCUGCGGGCGCCAGUUCGCGUCGAGCAUCGAGCGAAUGCGCGGCAUUCUUCGUUCUCGAACGUGUCUCGAAUGCUUCACCGCGAGUCGUACGAUCUGUCAGUCGCUCGUUUUCUGCACAUUCGCUCGGACACACGCGCACGUAAGCGCGAACGAAUCCCUCAGCUUUAAUGCUCCUUCGGCCAGGGAGAGUGUCCCUUCGAUAUUGAAAAAGCUAGAGACACAGCACGAGGGCAGGAUCGCGAAGAUUUUUCAUCGCGUUUGUACUCCUUAAUCGCGUCCUUGUCGCCGCAACGUUCCUACGAAUAUUGAGACCCAUUCGUCGCGCCGGGACGUUGUUAUGAAUUCGCGAAUUAUUUCUCGUCCGCUUGUCAUACUGUAAGAAGACUCGUCGAGGGAAGAUGGGCUUUUGAAAACGGCAACAGGACUCGAGCCGCUACUUGGGAUCCUCCCACGCUUCGCCUGGAUUCCCUUCCAAUAUAUUUGCCACAGAUUUUGGUGAGCCCCUUAUUCGACAAAUGAAAUUGGAAGGAUGAAGGCCGUCGAACAGCAACAGCCAAACUCAAUGGACUCGAGUGAUUCCGUGACCGGCGGUAGCGAGUACGCGUAUCGUCCGCUAACGACCAAGCACCGUAGAGCAGGGAGCACGGGAACAACCGGCGACGAGGAGUACACGACCGACGAGGAUGAACUGUACGCGGACGAAGCCGACUGCGCCGGCACGUCGAUGCAUCCGCCCCAUCCAAUCAUGAAAUCUGAUCUCGCCCGAGCCGCCACCGACCUAUUCGGUUACGCAAGCAAAGAUCAGGACGAGGAGCCCACCAGUCUCUUCGACGAGGACGACGCCAAAUUCUCUCCGGAACGUUCGAGCGAAGUUGCGGCCCGUUUUACGUACAACGAAAAAUUAUCAUCGACGAGCAGUGUUAUAGGAUCGAGGCAUCGCAGCACGAUAAUAGUCGGUGAGAACGCCACGACGAAGCCUUUUGACGCGCGGAGCAACGAUCUCAAGCCACGAAUAAAAGACUCCGAGGUGGAUGAAUUUCGAAACGUUAAUACGAAACCAUUGGACCUCAGACUGGAGAGGACCUCGUCACGAAACGAGGAGGAAGAAGUUUCGAAGGCUUCGGUCUCGGAUUCUCGUAAAAAUCACGAAAUUCCCCCGAAUAAUUCGAGAAAGUGUUCGACGACGAGCACCCUCGUUUCGGACACUCGAACCGAAUUCAACGAUCUCAAACUGGAAACAACUGACAACGAUCAACUGCAAAACGAUGAGGACGAUAUUCCCUCGCCCACUACUUUGCUCUGGGAAAAAACCGUUGCCGAAGUAAAAGAACACGCCAUUGCUAAACUUCAGGACGAAUUGAAAAAAGCUCACGACGAACUCAAGCUCAAGGACGAGGAGGUUUUAAGACUUUCGAGAUUCAGACAGGACGUGGAACAAGAAGUCGAGGAACUCACUGCCAGUCUCUUUCAAGAGGCGCACAAUAUGGUGAGAGCGGCAAACAUGCGUCAAGCAAACGCUGAAAGACUGUUGGAGGAGAGUAGAAUGAAGGCUGAAGUAUUAGCCGCAGAAGUAGCGGCUCUGAAAACUUUGGUGCUAACCUCAACUCCGGCGCGGCCUAAUCCUCAUCUGCAUCCGCAGAUCGAUACGAGAUGCCGAUCAUCCGGCAAUUCGGAGGAUAGUCAGCCCGGUCUUUUUACGAAGAAGCAUCGACGUUCGCCUUCCCACUUUAAUUUGAAAUACGGGCGUGAAAAUUCCCCGCCGGAUUCACCUGUCAAAGAGCCACGGUCGUCUCUACCGAGCGAUUCUCAUCCGGCUGAUCGCGAGUGGGAUCGAGAGCGAGAAAAGGAACGGGAGCGUGAACGUGACCGCGAUAAUUCGAAAGACAAAGAUAAAGAAUCGAAAGAUUUUGGUGUCGAGGUCGAUCCUCGUGUGCAUGCCGAGUUUUUACGGUGGAAAACGAAUCCGUGCGUCGACAAAUCCGAUCCCUUCGUUGCUAGAGUUUUCACCGAGGACAUCGACCUUUCUCUCGAUUUUCCGAAUGCCGAACUCGGCACGAGAGUCCGCCAAGCUGUUCUGGAUGGCAUUAUUUUUAUUGAGGCUGUCAGUGAGAAAAACAAACUCGCUUUUCCCAAGAAGUGCGCACUUCUGGAAGCACCACGACAAUGUCAUUAUCGAAUGAGAUUAUCGGACCAGGAGAAUCAGUGGUACUGUAUCUCCCAGAUCUGUCGUAACCGGAUCAUCGCUGUUUGUGACUUUUUGAAUUAUCUGCGGUACGUCGAGCGUGGCCUUGUUAAGAGUUCAGUUCAUGACAUUUAUUGGGAGAUAACACGACUACGAAAAGAAAUGGUAUUGGCCCGCCUCGGUCUCCCUCUCUCUUCCUAAAGAACGCGAAAUUUCUACUAAAUCUAGUCUUCGAGGCCGUAUCUAAAAGAGCAACGAAAGGUGAUAUCUUUGUUUAUCGUUUAUCCAUUGAUGGACCAACGACGAAUCGCCUACUCCAUGGGAAGAUGAUGAAAAUAAGGAAAACGGAGGUGCAACAAUAAUUUUUGUUAAUACUCCGAAAUCUCGGGAGAUGCAAAAGUUAAAAAGAGGGGUGAGCUUAACAGAAAGCUCUUGUGCUUCGAAUUAUGAGGGGUGAUAAGAUUAAUACACCGAAAACGAUAUUAAUAAGAGGCUGUGAAUAACCCCUGACAGGAAAACAGAGAUUAUCAAUUCCUACAAAUUGUAUAUACAUUAUAUACAUAUUUAUAUUAAAUAUAAGAGAUGGACAUGAAAUUUGUAACUAUUAAACGUUGUAUCAAUCGUGAAACGAAAAAUUUAUUGAAUUAUCAACAGCGAAAAAACUGUUUUAAUGAUUGUCUUAUUUAAAAGCACUUUCGAAAUUGAGUUGUCGGUUUUUACAUUACAGAUCUUGAGGUUCAAAUUGUUGCAAAGCAAGAAAGAUCUUCCCACUCUUAUAAUUCUUGAUUCAAUGGAUUUUUUUUCAAUCCCAGCUUCUCAUGGUCAUAAAAAUAAACUGCCUUAUCAUCCUGGACUUGAACCACUCCUGGAUGAAUAAAAAUUUCAACGUAUAACAAAAUUCAAAUUUCAACAUCGUAUUUAAAGUGAAUUAAAACUUUCGCCAACGGGGUUUAACGACGAGUCAAAUGUAUCGACGUGUGUUCUGCAACCUCCAACUUUUCAUUGUCAAUUAGUCUGUAAAAUUGGCUUAAAUAUUUGUUUCUUUCAUUUUACAUCAAUUUGUAAUCUUCCAUUCCUCUCUGGAUUGUUUUUAUUUUCGCUCGAGACUCCAUGUUUUUGUUUCGCUAUAUUUAGCACAUCGAAAUAAACUCGAAUGUAAUCAACGUUUGUAAACAUCCUCAGAGUGCAAGAUUCAUCAGGAUGCUGGAAAUAUUCAACGCUACAGUCUUCCAUGGCUAAUAUACUAAAUUAAUCUGUCAACGAAAAAACAACAAAAUAACAAAAAGAAUGUGUAAGACUUGAGGAAAUUUUGUGUUUUUUUUUCGUUACUAUAUUUUGUUACUGAGAAUUUUCGAUACUCGCGUGUUCAUCUCUCUUCCUCUUUUUUCUAAGAGUAAAAAAUAUAUAUAUAUAUAUACAUAUUAAGGCGUUGGACAAAGUCCACGAUCCACGUGUAAUAAAUGUAAAUAGUAUCCUCAUUCUUGUAUUUAUCAAACGAAAUAAAGGUUAUCGCCAAAAUUCAAUUAUA